CGCACAAAGCGGACCUGUUCGCGCGUGCGCUUUUCUGUAUGGGUUGACAGUUUUUGGUAACCGGAGAAAUUCGUGGUUCGAAAUACAUGCACGUUCACAAAAUAAUUACUUUUGUUAAUACAGACUGACAUUGCUGUGUUCAGCGUUAUUGCCCGCCGAAAUAUUGCAGAUGCACUUCAGCAAGACAGGGAGGACUGCGCUCUAAAACCACGCACAAUUCGAACUUUCUUGGUUCUUAAUAUUGGAACUCUCUCUUGUCCAGAAGAUGUACAUUGCCGCAGCUCUAAGCAUCUGCUCGGCCGUUGUCCUAGCGACGUGGGCGUCGGAGACCUGCCACUCGGAAGCUGGAUGUUGCCCACGAGGCUGGGAGCCCUGGGGAGGUUCGUGUUAUCUCAUCAUAAAGUCGGGUAACUGGGACGAUGCCUGGUCCGCUUGCCUCGCCAUGGGCGGCGUCAUGGCCGCUCCACGCUCACAGGAAGAAAAUAACUUCGUGGCGGACAAGGCACACGGAAUGACUGGCAUCCACUGGUUGUGGGUUGCCUGUACGAAUACGAGAGGCACAUGGAGAUGUGGAGGGCAAGAUAUGGGAGGAUUCGUCAAUUGGCGACCAGGUCAACCCAGUGGUGGUGUCCGUGAACAACACUGUGCUGCUUUGACUUCCUGGGCCUACGACAACUACGGGAAGUGGCAUGGCGUACGGUGUAAUAAUAUGUACAGGCGGACCGCUGCUGCGUGCGUUCGUCGCCCAAGCCAACCCCGUCAGUUCUGCCUCUUCACCGGCCGUGACGGACGGCCCGUCGAAUCUCGGUGCCUGCACGGUCACGUCGUCCGGGAGUACCCCCUUGCCAGCGCCACCGUCGGCCUCUGCGGCAGGGCCUGCUACAACGACCCACGGUGUUUCUCCUUCAACAUCAAAAAGUACCACAACGGGGAGACGAUCUGUCAGUUGAACAAUGCCACUAGUUCUGAUGACCCGGUCAAGUUCCAAGACUCGGGCAGUGCCUGCACCUACUUUGAAAUCUAGUCCGUCAAUUAAGUCUAGAAAUCUAGGCUGCUUUUUUGCAAGAUGAGGACUCAACGUCUAUGCUAUUGUGUACUUUUUUGACAU